AUGCCUGGGUUUGUCGAUAAUUUUUGGUCAGAAGACCUUACUACAGGGUUAGAUGUAUUAUUUGAAAGACUAUAUCAUGGAUGCGAGCAAUGUAAUUCUUUUAUACAGUUAUUUGCUACUCGAAUGCAAUAUGAGGUUGCAUAUGGUCGUCAACUUUAUGGGGUAGGUGGUGAUAUUGAUAAUCUAGAUGUUACUGGGCGUGAUCCAAAUGUUAGUAUUGAACGUGCUCUACAAACAAUGGUUAAAUCGAUUUCAGAAGAAGGUGAGGCACACCUUACUAUAGCUUCCAAUAUCGAAUCUUUGAUUUUAAGGCCUUUUAGCAAAUGGAGUAAUGAUCAUAGAGAAAGAGUUAAAUAUUCUGAAAAAUUAUUGAAAAGUAAUGCUAGAAACUUUCAAAAAUCAAGAACUUAUGUGACAAAAUUAGAGAAAGACUAUUUUAACAAGUGUAGAAAAAUAGAAGAUUUCAAAAAUUCAAAAUUCAAUGAAGAUGAAUUGAAUAAAGCAAUGGAACUGUUAAAAUUACAGAAACGUUAUGAAGAUAAUUUGGCAAGAGAAAGAGAAUUUCAAAAAUUUGCAACUGUUGGGACAAUUGAUUUUGAUUAUAAAACAAUGAGAGAGACAUUGACACUUUUUCUAACGAAAUUACCAAAAUCUGACUACAAAUUACCUUUAAUAAAUUACAGUUUACAAAAUACAAAUAGCGGAAGUGAAAUUACAAAAUUUAUACUUCAAAAUAUGUCAUUAAAGGAUAUGGAUCAUGCUGAAUUAUUUGGUCAAGAUUUGUUGAAUUUGGGAUUUUUAAAAUAUUGUAACGGGGUAGGAAAUACAUUUGUUAAUUCAAAGAAGUUUCAGUAUCAGUGGAAAAAUUAUGCCUAUACUUUUGCAAAUUUGCCAUUACCUGGUGAAGAUGGCAGUAAUUCAGGUGCAGAAGACAAUGAAGAAUCACAAUACACCAAUAUUAAGGAAAUUAAUGAUAGUUCUACUGAGUCUGAAAACAAAUAUGAAGCUGUAACAGAAAUGCCAAAUAUUUCAACUGAUGAAAGUACUUUAUUCUCUUACAUGAAAGAUGUUGAAGUAUCUGAUAAAAAGUAUCGUAAGGAAAGUUUUAAAAUGGAUACUCUAAGAUGUUCUGUUGAAGAAUUGAUGAUUGAUCAUUUGUCAUUUAUGGAGAAAUGUGAGUUGGAUCGAAUCAAGGCAAUCAAGAAAGCUACUUUUGACUUUUGCUCUAUACUAGGUAACAAAAUCACUUCACUGAAAAUCUGUGUAGAUAAAAUGAUCAACAGCGAGGAUUCGAUUGAUCCUAUAGAAAGUUUAUUACAAUUAAUUUCUAGAUAUCAUACCGGUGUUUUUCAACCUAAGGUUAUUUCUUAUAAUAAUUACUAUAAUCCAGGAGCUUAUCAAAUAUUUGGUAUUGAUUUAGAGACUAGAGCGAGACUUGAUAAAAAAGUGGUACCACUUAUUGUCUCUGUUAUACUUUCUUACAUGGAUCAAAUUUAUCCUGACCUUGCCAAUGAUAAAGUGAGAACUUCUAUUUGGAUCGCUCCAGUAAAACUAAAAUUGACACAUGAAUUGAGAGCACUGUUAAAUACUCAAGUCUUUAAAGACGAUGCAGAUCUGCUAGAGAUAUUAAAGAAAGCAAAUUAUGACCCUAGUACAGUUUCAAGUGUUUUGAAGAUAUACCUAUUAGAGUUACCUCAGCCACUAAUUACAGAUGAAGUUUAUGAUAUACUUAAAGUUCUCUAUGAAAAAUACCCGCCUGAAAGAACAAAUUUUAGGAAGAUCCAAAUCGAUGAAAAAGACAGUGAUAAGAAGUCAGAAGAUGAGGGCAACCGCAAUGAUGAUGCCAAUACUUAUAAGAAUACAGAAAGUGAAAAUGAUACGAAUAGAAUCAGGGGAUUGUACACAACACUGUCGUCACUAUCGAAACCUCACAUUGCAACAUUGGAUGCCAUUAGUACGCAUUUUUACAGGCUGUGUAAGAUUUUAAGAAUGGGUGAGAAUGGUGAACAGAUGGCAUCUGAUUUUGCAUUAGCAAUAUCUCAAGAAUUUGCGAAUUGUAUUAUCCAUGUUAGGCUUUUGGACGGUAAUGACUUGGGAUGCAAAAUAUUUUAUGACCUAUUAACGCAUAAGAAGCAAAUAUUUAAGGUUUUAAAAGGUCAAGUCUCUAAGCAAAAGAGGGAUAAGGAUUGA